ACCGCAACACCAUCACUCGCUGAAAGCACGAACUUGCUCAAAGCUUUCAAAAAAUAGCAUACGCCUCGCAGUUGCUCUAUUUUAUACCCAUCAAUACCCAUUUAUCGACAUGUCUACUGCACAGCUUCUUCGCCCGCAAGCUCAGACAACGGACCAAGCUCAGACGACUGAGCAGCAGAGUUUGACCCUUUUGCACACGCUUAUCACUGCGAGCUUUGGAUGUAUCACGUACAUUCGAGGUAUCUUUCCAGAUGACAACUUCAUUGAGGAAAGGUUCCAGGCGAGCCAGAACCCCGCUGCUGGAACAAGGGGACUGACGCAUCGUGACUCGACCGCCGGAGGUGGGAAUGGAAUGAGGUUCAAGAAACUCAAACGUGGUUACUCCGAAGAAGCAAAUACGUUGCUCGAUUAUAUUGAAAAGGGAGUUUAUGACGCUCUUGAGAAGAGACAUCUCCGAUCUGUCAUCCUGGCCAUCUACCUUGACCCUGCCAAGCCUCAUGAUAUUAUCGAGUCAUACACAUUCUCUUUCGCCUAUAAAUCUACCGGCGAGGCCUGUAUGACUAUCAUCGACACCAACGGUCAACCCAUCGAUGGCGUUAAGAACCUUGAUGCGAGGAAGUCUGUACAGGCACUACUGAGGAGAUUGAUCAUGUUGACGCAGACCUUGAGGCCGCUGCCUGAUUCAAGAUGGAUUACUAUCAAGUUGGUGUACAAUGAGAGAACGCCGGAGGAAUAUCAGCCACCUGGCUUCAAGGAUAGUACAGAGGAGGAGGGGUUGAAGUUUACAAGUGGGGAGAGCGGAGAGGAGCCGAUGGCGUUCGAGGCGGGAACCAUGUGUGCUGGAUGGCACGCUGUGCAUCUGAAAGUUACCUCAAUGGCAGAUCGCUCUGAAGCAGAGGCCCUUGCCUCCGAGUCUGGUGCAGUGUCCCUUACCCCGAGCUCAACCACUGGUGAUGGAACGAAGGUGUGGGAUGUUGAAGAGGCUAUGGAAGAUGCAGAUGCUAUAGUGGUUGUGACGAACCCCAUGUCUAACAGCCAGCUAAGUCAGAGAAGGGCGAGGGAGGAUACUCAAGGUAGCGAAGAAGGGCUGUCCAGUGUAAAGCUUGGGGAGGCUAUGGGACAAAAGACUGCACAGAAUGACGGUUUGCGGGGGCCUGUGGUUCAAGAAAGGGUUGCACUUCAGCGCAUGCUUCAUCCUCGACAGGCUACCGUCCUCGAAGAUUCUACUCAACAACUCGACGAAUUCUCUCAAGUUACCCAGCUCAUCGCAUCCUCGCCAGCGACUGGCCGUCCACCCCUGAGAUCCAUCACCAUGCAAACCGGCAAUCAGACAGUUCCUCAGCCAGCCGCAGGGUUCAGCAAACCCGCAACAGCUAUGAAUGCUCUCUCUUCUGCUCUUUCUUCUGUUAAUGUUCCUUCCCAUCCGCCUACUAACAAUAACACGGUCUCGAAAAUGAAAUUGACCAGACAAAAGACGGAGGAAUUGAGAACGUUCGCGAUCCAUAAUGAAGGGAGGACGACGAGAAGUGGAAGGGGGAGUCAGGACGCUGAUGACGAUAAGGUUUCGUGUGAAUGCGGAGAUGACAAUGAUGAUGGGGAGAUGGUCCAAUGUGCUACUUGCAAGACCUGGUGUCAUGUCUGGUGCUACGGCUUCUCCAGUGGGAACGAUCCUAAGUUGCCAGAUGAUCAUACCUGUUACUCUUGUUUGUUGAAGAAAGAGGAGAGGUUGUUGGAUACUAUGCGUGACUUGGCCCUCUUCCGCCGAGCCCUUAUGAUCGUCUGGACCGAAGGUGUCUCCAAAACAAACCGCGACUUCGCCCAGCGUCUCUCCGUCGACCUUCCCACCGCAAAUCAGCUCACCAAGCGUCUUCAAGCUGAACGCUUUAUCGCUACCAACACAUCCAAAUCUGGAAAGCAGAACAAGAGCAAAGACUUGGCUAGGCACAGUUAUGCGAGCAUGACGGUCGUCAAGACAGCGGCGAAUCAGAAGAGGAUGAUGGCGAAGUAUUUUGAGCCGACGAGGGAUAUUGCGCAUCACUUUGAAGUUGAGGAGCAACCUCUUGUCCUGAAUGACACGGUUAUGGAGGACGCGCCUGCUGUACCCGAGCCCGCUCCUGUUCCGCCGAAGGUUCAACGACCGCCUACUCUUGUCGGUGGACUGGAUGAUGGGGAGGAGGAAGUCGAUGUUGUCCGCUCUGCUCAUGCCACACACCGGGAGGUAGACGAUAUGACAGACGACGAGAGCGAUGAUGAUCUGUCCGCUCCCGCGUCCCGCCAGGUCGCCACCAACAACCCCGCUCCUACCCCCAUGAACGACGGGUUCGCCGUACCUGGCCUUCCGCCGAGCAGAAUGGAGACAGUUAAGCAGAAGAAGAGGGGAAGAGACGAGAGUAUGGAGGCUACGAAGGAGGAGUUGAAGAAGAGGAAGACGAGUAUUGCGGUGGAAGGGAUUUAUGCCUGUGCGGAGUGAACGUAUCGCUUACCAUUGCCGCUUGAAGGGAGUUAUUGUUUUAUCUAUUUGUACGUAAUACCGAAUAUAUCAACGGGAGGGAACUGUGAGAAAUCAGAAAUCUGCGGGUGACGUCUUUGUUUCUCUCCUUCCCAAUGGGGCAACCGAUCUCGACCUCCACCUCGAACUCCCCACCGACAAUGGACACUUACGUUCUCUUCGCGAUUCUAUCAGGAGCAUUCGCAGCCCUCUCGAGUGUAUUCGCGAAGUUAUUCUCGAAUGAUGCGACAGUCCCUGCCAUUUUGAGGUUCCUCAACUUGGAACAUGUCGCAUUCGCUGAGCCCGUCGUACGGGGGUUGUGCUUCCUCCUUAUCUUCGCCUCGAAUGCAAUUGUAACCCCACCCUCCGUGCUCUCCUACCCAACUGCUCUAACGUUCUUUACGCAGAUGUGGACCUUCUUUUCCCGCGCUCUCGCCCUCUCAACUUCCUCCACAGCCCCAACAAUCAUCAAC